AUGAGUUAUUGCUUUAACCUCGUUAAUGGCUCCUGCCCGAAAGUCAACAUACCUCUUUUGAGAUUUUCAGUUAUGUGUUUUGUCAUGUUUGUGGGUAUAAUAAUGACUAUUGUGGGAAAUCUAAUGGUGAUUACUUCAGUUGCUCAUUUUAAAGAGCUCCACAGCCCAACCAACUUCCUCAUCUUAUCCUUGGCUAUUACAGAUUUCCUUCUUGGACUGGUAGUCAUGCCUUACAGCAUGAUUCGAUCCGUGACUUCCUGCUGGUACUUCGGAGAUUUAUUCUGUAAACUACACAAUAGUCUUGACAUGAUGUUCUGCACAACCUCUAUAUUUCAUCUAUUUUUCAUAGCUUUAGAUCGUUAUUAUGCAGUGUGCCAUCCACUACACUAUUACAGAAAAAUAACAAUUCCUGUAAUAGGCGUUUACUUAUUUAUUAGCUGGUCUUUUCCUUGUGUUUAUUCAUUUAGCCUUGUUUUGUCAAAUGUGAAUAUGGAAGGUUUAGGAGACAAAGUGCACUCGCUCUCCUGCACUGGCUCUUGCGCCCUUUUGUUCAAUAAACGUUGGUCAAUAUUUAAUACUUUAAUAUGUUUCUAUAUUCCUGGUACCAUGAUGAUUGGCAUUUACAUUCACAUAUUUUAUAUUGCAAGAAAACAGGCCAAGAUGAUACAGGGUCAACCAAAUUAUAUGGAGUCAAAUACUAAGAGUAAAAAUUCCUUGAAAAUAGAGAGUAAAGCAGCAAAAACAUUAAGUUUGAUUAUGGGAGUGUUUAUUUUGUGCUGGCUUCCAUUUUUUAUUGUGGCUUUAGUAGAUCCCUUUUUGAAUUUUACAACCUCUGAUAAUAUAAACAAUGCUGUUCUGUGGCUUGGUUAUUUUAACUCCACAGUUAACCCUAUCAUCUAUGCUUUGUUUUACCCAUGGUUUCAAAAAUCAUUUGGAUUUAUCAUAAAAGGCACUAUAUUUAAGGCAGACUCCUCUUCUUUACACGUGCUAAGUAAAUAA